UCAAUAGGUAUCUACGAAACACUUCGUACUUUGCAUUGUUUCGAAAACCGGCGCCAUGGCUUCGUUUAUCAAUGGCAACGGUGAUUUAUCCAGCAUCAUCAGCAGAGGCGGAUGAAUGCGCCGGCAGAAUGUAACGAGAGACUGCUAUAUUCUUCCAGCGUCGGAUUUGCUCGGCGAGUGUAUAGCCAGAAGAGCCUCCGCUGCCUCUCCAGCUAUGGUACAGCUACCGAAGCAUGAGGUGUGUAGCAGCGGCAGGUACAGUACUAGUAGAGCGCGGCAAACCUCCGUACCCGUGCUAAGCGAUUUAGGCGUGAUAGUACCUCGUAUCAAGUACACGGCUCGUAGCGUGUACCUCGCCGCAGAAACAAAGCCGCAGCGACACGCUCCCGCCUGCCAAACGCAUUCCGCGGGCGUUUUACGUUUUAGGGGCGCCUUGAUGAGACUCGGCCGGACCUUUGGAAAGCUCCUUCCCAUGCCAACCAGAUGCAGCCAAAGGCAGGAAGGCGCGAGAGCUGCAGUGCUUGCCCGUGGCUUUAACUCUGACCAUCUAGACCGAUCAGGAUUGGUCAGGCCCUGCGCCCGGCCGCGAGUUCAUCCUUUUGCCUUUAAAGCCCAAAUUCUCUUUUCUUCUUCCUUUCCCUCUCCUCCAAUACCCGCCGCGCUGCUUUCCUCAUCCCUGCCGCCUUUGCGUAUUCGCUGGGCCCGGAUUCCUCUCCCUUUUUCUUUCUGUUCUUGUCACGCCGGCUGAGGGGAAGCAGUUCAUCUUUCGGCAUUUGUUCUUUAUUCUGCUUUUAUUUGCUUCUCAUUGUGUGUGCUGAGCUUUGCGAAUUUUGCUUUUUGCCCCUUGUCUUCGAGUCCGACCUGCAUCUUGAUUUCGACGUCGCUUCUACUUUUUUUUUUGGGCCCAAGCCGUGUCUUGGCAUCGGUGAUCCUGUCGAUCCGCCAGCCUCGGCAGCAUAAUACGAAAACAGAAGAGGAAUAAAGUGAAGGGGAAAAAAACAUCACAGCCGAUAUUUUGGGAAUUCGAAACGAAUUGCU